AUGAUGUAUGAGUAUGAGGGCGGUUGGAGCAUUCACCUGCUGGAUGCUUUGUGGGCUUACCGCACCUUACCCAGAAGUGCUACAGGUUUUUCACCUUAUUCACUAGUAUAUGGGUCCGACGCUAUUUCACCUAUGGAAAUCACCAUUCCCACGCCCAGAGUAUCAGUUGUUAACGAUCUUGAAUGGGAUGCAAAGUCAUGCUUGGAUUGGCGUUUGUUGGAUCUUGAAGCAGUGGACGAAAGGAGAAUGGAAGCCGAAAGAAAAAUGGCCCUUUACCAUAAGACUGUUGCCCAAGCAUAUAACAGGACCGUUAAGCCUCAAGCUUUCAAGCAAGGAGAUCUUGUGCUGAAAGUCGUCGAGCAUAUGAGGAGACAAAUGUCAGGACCAUCCAAGUUUGCCUCGCAAUGGGAAGGUCCGUUUGCAGUCAAGGAAGUACACAGCAGUGGCUAUUAUCGCUUGAUCUCUGUUAAGGAAGGCAUGCUAACGGAUCCCAUCAAUGGAAAAUGGCUCAAGCCCUACUACUGCUAA